CAGACAAAGAUUACAUCGGACGUGAUAGCGUUGCGACAGAAAAAUGGGUAAUUUAAAUGUGUUUUAUUUAUUAAGAAAUUUGUAAUAAACAUGUAUCAAAAUUUAAUGUUACACCGAGUGCAUAAAACUUAGAGCAAUGAGCAAUAAUUGUAUUAUUAAAUUAGCACAAUUUUUAUCCGUAAGGUAAACCAGUUAAAUGGAAGCCUGCAAAUUAUCACAACUUAUUAAACUAUUAUUUUUUAUACCUUUCAUAUAAGAAAGUAAAUUAUUUUAUAAGCAACAUUUUCUCUACCUCGAAACUUUUAAAACAAAAAUAGAUUUUUCCAAUUUCAUUGAUAUAAUGUCUGAUUUUAAUUACUUUAUUAUUUUUUUUUUAAAUUUCAGCUAAUUAACAAUUAAAGCUUUAUAUAAUUAUGGGGAGCUCAUGUUGGGGUAUUUAUUUUUAUUUUCGGGGAGCCAUAUUGAACACCACACCACCCAAACCUCAAAUAUGUCCGAUAACUCCUUCUAGUCUUGUCCAAAGACCUUUGUUAAGGACUAUAUGGAACAAUGUUUUCGGGCCAACAGGAGCUGGAAUGACCAAUAACAUGUAGCAGAAGAAGAAGUCAAUUAAUCUUGUUUUGUAGAUAUAUAUAUCUUAACAUUUAAAUAUAAAUAGAAGUCUUGACACUACUAAUUUUUUUUUAAUGUUUCACCUGUAUCUCUAUAUUAAUGUUUAAUAUACUAAAUUUGUGAUAGAAAUGUAGGUAACAAAUGACGUAAAUAUUGUUUCGUAAUGUGAAUUUAUAUUUUAGUAAAAUUAUUACAAACCUAAUGUCCUCAUAGUGGUCGGCAAAUAGCGGCUCGCGAGCCGCGUGCGUCUCUUUGGUGACCUGAGUUUGGCUUGGCCAGUCCGCCAGGAUCAGUUUUGACUCCGAAAAACCAUUUUCAUUGACACGUUAAUGAAGAAAGAAUAUAGCCUCUCAACAGUUUUUUUAAUCGGCCUACUGCUGAUUUGUGGCUGUUUUAACUAAUGAGUUUGCCGACCACUGGGCUAAAUUGGUUCAGAAAUAUUGGACGGAUAUUGGAGACCAAAACCUUUUCAAGGGAGCUCGGUUUUUAUUGAAUUGAAUAACCAAAUAGAACAAACACUUUACUAAAAAUAAUGGGACAUUUUUGUCAAAAUAUGUUUUUUCUUUUUCAAAUGAAUUUAAAGCACAUGGCACCGUGCACAGAUUAUGUACAACAGAGGGGGGUAUAGCAGUUGUUUCUCAUUUCUUUAUUUAUGAGUUAUAUAGGAUGGGGGUUGAGGGGAGGGGUUGGCCAGCAAUGUUAUAUAACGAUAUAUUCUGUAUUGCUUAUGCAUUAGUUCCUAUCUUACCUGGGGAUAAAAUGUGCUUUUCAAAUUUACGAAAUUGGCCCAUUUAAAUUUCUUGCAAUAAUUGGCAAAUUUUUUAGUAAAAAUAAAAUAAAAAAUUUAGGAAUAUAUUUUUCUGCAAGAAUAUUGUUUGUUUCGUCUUUUUAUUGUUUGUUUAAAUAUUCGGUAUUUAUUCAUUUAUUUUUGGAAGAAAAAAAAAUUAUUGACCGUAACAAUUCCUUUAUUCAAAUGCGGAAAAAAUAUUUUUUUAAAAAGUAAAUUUGCUUUAUAAGUGGGGAGGGUUAGUGGUUGGCUACAAUAAUAUUUAUAGCAUUAGCUGGUGGUGAAUGAAUUUAAAAAAAUAAUAUUAUAGUUUUUAUUAGGGCGGGUAAUAAAUUUUUUACUUUGCGUUAUAUAACAUGUGCAUGUUCUCAUUAGAAUAAAAGAUUAUCAACAUUCUGCAGAUUAAAAAUGGCUAAUUAGUGCCUUUAAAAAAAUAUGUUUUUAAACAGUUAGCAUACAAAUAUUCAAAUCUAAAAAUUCAAAGCAUAAGGUUAAAGAAUAAAAUGAACAAACAAAAACUUGAAAAAAACAGUAGACUAAGAAAUACAAUUUUAAUUGAUUGUUUUUUGUUUCGUUGUUGUUUUUUUUGUUGUUUUAAAUGGAUACAUCAAAGCUUACAUCUCGUUAAUAUGAAUUAAAUCGUUGAAAUGUUUUCAAAUCAUUCUCUAUAAACAAAAAUAAAUAUUUCAUCAUUAUGCUUGUAUGUGCGUUUGAAAGUUUAGUCGUAUGUUGUUGUUUACCGUUUGGACUUUAGAAUAUACAAUGUAUAUAUAAUAAAUACAUAUACACAAUUUUUUUAAAUAAUCGAAUAUAAAAAAACAUUGAUAAACAUAAUAAUAAAUAUUUACAUUUAUUUUUCAGAUAAAGAUAUUGAAAAUUGUAUUUCAGACGUUGAAGAAGGUAAUUAAAUUAAAACAAUUUAUUUAAUUUGAAAUUGAGAUGACUGAAAAAGGCUGAACCAUUUAAAUCAUAUAAUAUAUAUUUUAUAUCUAUAUAUAUCUAUCUAUAUAUAUAUAUAUAUAUAUAUAUAUGGCAUCCUACCGUCUUCGUGAUACGAUGGAGUAGCUCUAUAGUUCUACACUUUGACGAGUGGCUCACUAGGCCAAUCCUUGAAUGACAAUCACGGCCGCAUCCCUAGCAGAAGAAUAUUGAAUCCCGGUAAAUUCUUGAUUUCCGAAUUGUUCUUUUUGAUUCAAGGGCCUCGUUUCGAGUAUCUUCUGCCUUUUUUACUCCUUCAAACACUGCUGUUCGCCAGUUAGAGCGAUGUUCGGUAAUGAACUCCCAUUCGUUUGUUUCAAUAUUGGCUUCCCUCAUGCUUCGUUUGCAAACGUCAAUAUAUCAGUCGCGGUCGUCCAAUAUGUCUUGUCCCCUCUGCUAACUCUCCAUAUAGCAGUAUCUUUGGGAUACGUCUUUCUUCCAUUCUCCGUACAUGACCUAACCAGCGAAGACGUCUCUUGAUAAGAAAGGAGCUUAUGCUAAACAUGUGUGCACGUUCCAAAACCUCCACGUUAGGCACCCUGUCCUUCGAACGAAUGCGCAAAAUGCGACGCAGAAAUUUUUGAUGGAAGCUGUUGAGUUUCCACUCCUGACUGGUAUAUGUGGUCCACACUUCACUACCAUAUAGGAGCGUGCUAAGCACGCAUGCCUGAUAGACACUUAUUUUUGUUUUAUCAGUUAGAGUGAGAUUAUUCCACACCCGCUUAUUCAGUUUAGCCAUAGUUGCUGCUGCUUUUGCAAUCCUGAUAUUUAUCUCUUCAUUAACGGAGAGAGAACUAGGAAUAUUGGAUCCCAGGUACAUGAAAUGAUAAAAAACCCAAAGAUUAUGACCCUCAAUAGAUAUGAUUGGAAGGGACGGUGCUUCUUGCAUCAUUACAUGAGCAUUCUGUAGACUAAUCGAAAGUUCAAACUCUUUACAAGCAUGUAAUAGGCGAUUAACCAGCCCCUGCAGACCUUCUUCUGUGUGAGAUGUUAAGGCGGCAUCGUCAGCGAACAGCAAUUCACGAAUCAGCACCUUUUUUACUUUGGUCUUUGCACGAUUAUUAGUAAUAUUAUUUAGGCAUUUUUGUAUAGCGCUUACCUUACAGCUCUAAGCGCUUUACAAUUAUUUAAGAUAUGUAAACUAUUUAAACUCCUAAAGUAAAAUAAAAAUGAAAAACCAGAGACACUAGAAUAUAUAUAUAUAUUUAUAUACCCAACCCUUUGGCGCUGCAGCCCAUGUAGGGCUUUGGUCUGCCUCACCACUUCCUUACACACAGACCUAACUAAUGCCUUUCUUUUCCAUGCUUGAACUUUCAGCUGCUGUAGAUCUCUUUCCACAUCAUCCAUCCACCUAAGCCUAUGCCUGCCUUUGUGCCUUUUUCCUCUUUGGUAUUGGUGAUUCCCCCUCUUUGUUCCUCUGUCAAUUUGCAUUAUUUCUAGGUGUCCUGCCAAGAGUAGCCUGCCUCAUUUUAUUUCUGCUACUAUCGUGAGAUCCUGAUGUAGACUGUAUAAUUAAUGGUUGGUUCGUAUUCUCUCUCCAUAUUCAUCCUUUGUUGGCCCUUAUAUUUUCCUAAGAACCUUCUUCUCCUAUGUGUUUAAUAUGUUUUCUGCUGUUUUUGGUUGGGUCCAAGUUUUACUUUCAUAUGUAAAAACUGAUCUGAUUAAAGUUUUAUAGAUAGUUUUCUAUAUUUCUCUUGUAAUAUUUUUACAUUUAAAAAUUGUCUGACUAACUGAAGAAUACCCUAUAUCCGGCUGAUAUUCUUUCUUUUUUUUUUUUUUUUUUUUUAGCAAUUCGUUUCUUUAUAUAUGUAUAUAUUAAUAAAAUAUACCAUCGAAAAUUUUCCAUCAAUUUCAACGCAAAUAUAUUUCUCUUGUAAUAUUUUUACAUUUAAAAAUUGUCUGACUAACUGAAGAAUACCCUAUAUCCGGCUGAUAUUCUUUCUUUUUUUUUUUUUUUAGCAAUUCGUUUCUUUAUAUAUGUAUAUAUUAAUAAAAUAUACCAUCGAAAAUUGUCCAUCAAUUUCAACGCAAAACACGUUAACAAAAACGAAACAUUCCAAAACGUGAAAUCAAAAUACAUUCACAAAAAUUUUUUACUAAUUUCUUUUAAAAUUAUAUUUGGCCACUUAAGAGAUUUUUUUUUUUGAGAAAGGAAUGUGUAAGUUCAAAAGGAAUCAUCAUACAAUACAUAUAAAUAUAUAUAUAUAUAUAUUUCUCAUUAUAACAGCUAUUACUAAGAAUAAAGAAAAAGAAGAUAUGGAUACAGGUAAGUGGAAAAAUUUUAUAACUCUUUUAAUAUACUUUAUUUCAAAAGUUAGCUCUUAAAUUUAACAAAUACAUUACGUUUAUGUAUGGAAAGUGUCUACAUCGAACUGUUUUGUUUCAAAACAUGUUAAAAAUAGCAUUAGGCCUAAAUUUCUUUCUUUUUUUUUUUUUUUUAAAGCAGUUGGAAGUUCCGUAUUUAAAAGAAAACGCCAAGACUCAUCAGAUGCAGGUAUUGAUGUCAUGUUGAUGUGAUUUUCUAUCUUUUUUUUUUAUACUUUUGUGAUUUUACACCUUUUAAUUAUUUUAAUUUUGUUUACAGUUCAGGACAUUUCAAAUUUUACAAAAUGUGAAAGAUAAACCUUACUUACCCAUCAACAAAAUAAAUAAAAAAUGUAAUAUACUGUCUUAAAGAAAAAUGUCUUUAAUUUAAUAAUCUUAAUUAUGACUUAUCAUAAUUAUACACUAUUAUAUAUAUAUAUAUAUAUAUAAAUUUCCAGAAUGUUGACAUAACUUAGUUUAUCAUCAGUAUCUUAGUAAAGAUUUGCAUCAAAUUGCUUUCUUUUUUUCAGUCUCGAAUUCUGACAAUGAAAUUGAACGAAAAAUUCGAAAAGGUAAAAAAAAAUAUGUUUUUUUAAAAAAAUAAAAAAAUAAAAAGAGCAGAUUAGUAAAUCUUCUUUUAAAGCAUUACUUAUACAAAAACAAAUCUUUAAAAGGCUAAUCUUCUAUUCUUUGUAUCAUAAUGUGUAUUAACAAAAUAUUUUCUAAAAUUUUAGAAUAAAUCCACACAAAAAAAGAAAAUAAUAAUAAUUAUAUCACUCAAACAUCCUUAGUUAGUUAGUUUAUUUAUGUAACAUAAUUUCUAUUCUUAAAAUAGACAUUUUACAAUAAUUAUAUGUAAGUUUACAUAACGAUUUUUAAAGACAAAGUCUUGUAGUACAUGCUUAAUUACAUGUUUUUAUGGUGAAAACACUUUAAAUGUAGCAUCAUGUUUUCCUUUCAUUCAAUUAUCGUAUUAAACGUGAGAAAUAAGCUUCUUUUAAUCUAGUUGAAUAAAAAUUUACGCAAAUUAAUGUUGCACCAUUUAUACAUUUAUGGAUAAUAAAAUAUUGAUAUAUUAUUCAAUAGAUGAUUAUUUAAAAAAAAAAUAUGUAUAUCAUCGAUUUGGAUGAUUUUUAAAAUGUGUGUAAAUAUCACGAGUUUUGAAAAUGUAUUGAAAGGAAUAUAAUAUAGUUAUCUCAAAAUUGAACAAUUUCUAAAAUCGAAUAUGUUUGUUUAAAUCCCUUAAUUUAAAGUAUUGAGCAGUGUAAGUUGGGGCUGACAAUCUGACAAAGGAAGCGGUUGUUUGGACCCGGUAUCAUAAGUGAGAGGCUGGGUUUAUUAUUUUUUUUAAAUAAUUAAAUAUAGUUUUGUUGGAUUUGGAAAACCAAAUCUGUGGUAUCAAAUGAAAGAUAAUUGAAAAGAUUUUAGUUUAUGAACCUCUAUGCUAUUCCAAUGUCAUCUGUGGUAGUUUAUUUUUGUUAAACUGAAGAAAAAAGUUAACAAACAUAUAGUCCAUUCAAUUAUAUUUCAUUUGAUGCCAAAUUUUGUCUUACAAACCCAACAAAAGUAUUUUUAGUAUAUUUUUAAAAAAUCCAACCUCACACUUCUGAUACCGGGUCCGAAAAGUCACAUCGUUUGACAAUAAAUAAUAGAUUCAUGUAACGCACUUUAAAAGAAUCCCAACAACUCGCAACCACACCCAUUUUUAACGCCCCUGAACUAAAGGAAUAUUCUAAUGACUCAGCCCCUCUUUUAUAUCGCAGAUUUUUUUCACAAAAUAUUUUUUAAAAAAAAAAAAAAGAAAAAAAAAUAUUACGCAUCAAACGAAUUUGCGAUAUUUGAAAAAAAAAAAAAUCAUUUAACUAAAGGAAUAUUUUAAUGACACAGCCCCUCUUUUAUAUCGCAGAUUUUUUUCAAAAAAUAUUUUUUAAAAAAAAAAAAAGAAAAAAAAAUAUUACGCAUCAAACGAAUUUGCGAUAUUUGAAAAAAAAAAAAAUCAUUUAGUGCAGUUAACGGAAAUGUUGUAUUUUUUUCCUGAAAUUAGCGUCAUUAUAUUUCUUUCACCUGUCUUUGAAAAACAGGAUUUUUGGGGGUGGGGCUGAAAAUUGUAUACACUUAAUUGUCAUCGGCAUCGAGUCUAUGUGCUAAGUUUUAUCUCAAAAUGUUAAGAAGAAAUAGGUUAUAUAGCCAAGCAGCCAUGGAACAAAGAAGAAGAUAAUAUACAUGCAUUAAAAUACGUUUGGAUUAUAUAGAUUUAUAGUAAUAUGCCCUUGUAAAAUGCUGACAGCUUAAUACUUGAGUAAACCUAAUUUUUUUUAUAAUUCAUCAGUAUCCUCAGAAGUCAUAUCUGCCGUCGCAGAAGACAAUAAAAACAGAUUGGGAAAAGAACAGGAAGAAAAUUGUACAGUAUCAGUUAAAAGUCAAGACAUAUUAACAUCAGAACCUGAAGACAAUUCUACUGCCCAUGAAAGUGGUAAACAAAUGUUGACAUCAGAAUGUACAGACAAUUCUAUAAUACCAGACCAUGGUCAAGCAAUAUUAACAUCAGAACAUGAAGACAAUGUUACAGUCCCAGAAAGUGGUCAAGAGAUCUUAACAUUAGAGCACGGAGAAAAGUUUACUGCACAAGAAAUGGGGCAGGAAAUUUUAACAUCGGUACGUGAAGACAAUUCUACUGCACCAGAAAGUGAUCAAGAAAUACUAACAUCAGAAUAUGAAAACGAGUCUACGGAACCAGGCAGUGGUCAAGACAAGUUAAAAUCAGAAAGUGAAAACAAGUCUCAUGCACCAGAAAGCAAUGAAACAUGUUUAACAUCAGAAAUUGACAGCUCUACUGCAUCAGAGAGUGGCCAAGAAAUGUUGAAAACAGAAUAUAAAGAUCAUUCUAAGGUACUAGAAACUGGUCAAGAACUAUUAAUAUCAGAUCGGGAAGACGAUGCUACAGUAAAAGAUAUUAGUCAAGAAAUAUUAGUCUCAGAACAUGAUGGAAAUGCGACAUUACCAGGACAUGUUGAAGAAAUAGCUUCAUCAAAAAAUGAAAACAAAUCUAUUGUAACAGAAUGUGGUCAAGAAAUUUUAACAUCAGAGCAGACAGACAACAAAGUGAGAAAUUUUUUAAGUGUCUCCUUUUCAUUUUUUUUAAUGCACUUCAAAUUUCGAUAAAACAAUGUAGAAAAAAUAUGUACAAAUAUAUUUCCAUUAAGUUUAAGUGUAAAUGGAAAAUAUUAUUUUGCUUAAUAAUUACAAAUUAAAGAGGUUUUUGUUUCCGAAUUUUAGAGUGAACAAAAUUGUGAAGUCAUUCCUACAAAACCAAUCUCAGAAGAAGACGCACUAUCACGCUUUGAAAUGGAAGUGGAGCGAGCCUGGAAGGUAGUGAACUCAUUGACAGGUUUCAAGCUCGGAAUAGUUCCACCAAUGUGCCUAUCCCAGGGUCAACAAGUCGGACACUGGAUCAAACUUAGUAGGGAAGUCAUCCCAUUUGUCUAUGUGACGUCAACAGGUGACAGUAUUACUGAUGUACACGAGAUUCCAUUUAGCUCAGAUGACAUCAAAACAAAAUUUUCUACCGCUUCACUCUUGAUCCCAGAAUAUGUCAACAGAGUGAUAAAUCAGUUGGAACUGAAACAAAGCGAUGCAAGUAUCAAUCUGUCAAUGUUUUCAUCGUAUGUAUUAGGUCCCUUGAUUUAUGGGUUUUUUAUAGUUUGUUUUUCCCUCUAGCAUAAUUAAUAUCAAUCCUAACGAAUUGAGAACCAAACUAUUUAAUAUCCUAAAAAUUUAAGGGCAAUUUUACUCAACUUAUCUUCAUUCAGCAUAAUUCUUUUUGCUAAACAAAUGUCCAAAUAAAAACUUUAAUAAUGAUAAUAAAUGUAUUAUUUCAGGCACAAGAAAGUGUUAAAGAAAUGCUAAAAGGGUUAUACAGUUUGCUGCAGUCAUUCAUAAAAGAUGUGGACUCUAUAACGUUAUCAAGUACUACACGAAACUUGCCUCAAACAUUGUCAAAAAUUAAAGAGCUUGAACACAGCAUUGAUCAACUUUCCAUCAUUGAUAGAAGUGACCUUACUACACCAACGGAGAAGAUGGUUACUAUUACUGAAAGCCAUCUGCUAUGCUUUAUUAUAGGCUUGGGCGAUGAGUUCACACAGAAGAUGAUUGAUAUCACAGAUGAACGAGCAAUGCAUAAAUCACCCUAUUUCAUUAUUGA